GAAAUAAAAGUCGCGGCCUCGUGAGAGGGACGGCGAUAUCUUCAUUGCGAGCGAAGGAGAGGAGGAGAUUUGGGCGUUUUUUUGUGGCGGUCGAAAUCUAGGGCGCGGCCGCAGGGCAAGAGUUUGUGGAUUGGAUUGGGUCCGAAGAGGGAUUUUGCUCCUUGUCUCCUUGCUCGUCGAUCGAGGAUUAGGGCAUGCGAUGAUGGAUCGCGAGGAGCCGGUUGGGGAAGGGAAAGAAGGCGAAGACGCUGUGCGCGUCGCCUGCUCGAUCUGCCUCGAGGUCGUCAAGAGCGGAGGGGAUCGGGCUAUCGCCUGGCUGCAAUGCGGGCACGAAUUCCAUCUCGAUUGCAUUGGUUCUGCAUUUAAUGCUAAGGGAGUUAUGCAAUGCCCAAAUUGUCGAAAAGUUGAAGAAGGAAAUUGGCUAUAUGCAAAUGGCUGCCUUCCAACCCCACCGGACUUCAUUGACGAGUUGAUUCAUGAUGAAGAUCUCUACAAUCACAGUUACAUUGAAAGUUCAGUUGGAGGCCAUUGGUGUCCGUUCAGUGACUCGGCAAGAAUUCCAUCAUUGUUUGAGGAAGGUGAAUCUUCUGCAGCUGCUCCUUUUCGUGAUUCUUUUGGAUAUCAUGCUAUUAUUUCAGAGAAUCAGCCGACCAUGUCGUCAUCACAUUCAUGCCCUUUUGUAGCUUACAUGCAACCACCCCAGCCUUCUUCCUCCAAUCAGUCAUUUGAAACCAUACCUGAUGGUCCUGGAUAUCACCAACAGUGGAGUUAUUUCUCUAGACCAAGAGAUAUUCACACACACAUGAUGGCUGCAAGUAAUUUACCAUACCGUGGUUGGGAACAUCGCCAUCAUCCAUCCUACUCGCUGAACGCACAUGUUAACCUUGCUGAUCCAGCAUCUCAUUUUUCCAGGCACGAUGCAGAUGGUUUACCUACUGCUGAUUCUCUUUUCCAUCCCUUUGUUCUCAGUCAUGGAAAUGGCUUGAGAUCUAGUCCCACCAACUCCUCUGCCACCUCCAUGGUUCCACCAUUCCUUCGAAACCAUCUCAAUCUUCAUGAAGUUUUCCAACGACAAAAUUCUCAAAAUGUGCACGGAACAAGUAUGCCACAACCUGUGAACCCGAGGGGUCUCAAUCUGGCCGACCAGUGCGUCCCUUUCCUGAUAUCAUCCAUUCCUUUAGAUGCUGAGGGAAUUCGAAAUCACCACCGUUUAUGGGAGCGUGAGUCUGUAGCGACACAUCUGUUUUCUCCUCAUGACAGGGAGCCUACUGCUUGGGGCUCUUUCCCACAGCCCAACAGUGCAUUAGACUCUAACUCACGGAUGGCCUUCUUGCCGCUGCACAAUGGUCCCGAGAGGUCAUCAUCAGUGCAAGCAGGGUACAACCCGACAAUACCUCCGGCACGUAUGUUAUCAUUGAUGUGAACCGAAAUUGGCAUUUCUUGAAGAUUAACUAUUUGGCAUUCUCAACUCUCCCCUUAAAUUAAGCUUUCCCGCUGACCGGGAAUACAGUAAAUUUGGUUUGAACUGCUGCUGAAUUAUAAUCUUUGCUACCUAUGCAAACAUGUCAAUUGUUGAUGGUAAGAUGCAUGAUGUCUAGAAUGGCAUGCCCAAAAUAAUCUGGUGAAAUUGUUCCAAGUGUAAGGGGAGAGAGGGCCCCCAUAAGCUUAAAACAUGCACCCAUUUUCAUUCUGGGAAGAUGCAUCCAAAGCUUACAUGCAAGUUUUCCUGUGACAUUAUUUCAUUGCUAUCUCGUAUUGAAUGCCUAGAGAAUCUUUGUUCAAGAA